GGAGAAGUCAUCUGGAUUUUGAAUAUCAUUUUUCCUGAUAGCACAAAGGUAGCAAUUUGAAACAUGAAGACUACGAUUCUACUGUUUUGUCUGCUAGGAUCAACUCAGUCAUUACCAAAACAGCUUAGCCCUGCUCUGGGACUUCCUCCAACAAAACCAACUCCAAAUCAGGUGACACUGCAAAACCAACAGCAGCCAAGUCAGGUCUUUCCUUCUUUAAAUUUAAUACCGUUAACACAGCUGCUCACUCUGGGGUCAGAUCUGCAGUUGCUCAGUCCUGCUACAGGAAUGGCACCUGGUGCACAAACUAUUCCUUUGACCCUGGGGUCGCUGAAUGGACAGCAGCAGCUUCAGCCUCAAAUGUUACCAAUUAUUGUGGCACGACUUGGAGCCCAGGGAACUCUCCUAAGCUCGGAGGAAUUGCCAUUAGCCCCACAAAUCUUCACAGGCCUCCUUAUCCAUCCUUUGUUCCCUGGAGGGAUCCUGCCCUCUAGUCAGGCAGGGGCUAACCCAGGUGUGCAGAAUGGAGUCCUUCCUACUGGACAGGCAGGAGCAAACUCUGCCAUCCAGGGAACCACCCAGGGCCACCUUCCAACACCUGGUGUCACAGAUGAUGACUAUGGGAUGAGCACCCCUGCAGGCAUGAGAAGGGGCACACAUACUCCUGAGGAAACCACUACAGAAUCACCAAAUGAUAAUGAACAGCCUGUGGUCCAUCCAGACAACAGAAUUGUUACUCAGUGCGAAGAAGAAAUGAGCUAUCAAGCCAUGGAACAACCCAAAGGAAACAAGUUCGUGCUGGUAAAUGAAAUCUUUUAG